UGUUAUUGUGGUAAAACGUGCUCAUCGCCCCAACUACAGAGAUUUUAUUUUAAUAAAAUGGAAACUAAUCAAAGUCAAGCUCCCUUUAAACGCAAUAAGAAAAAGAGGAAAAAUGCACGAUUUCUACACAAUGCCAAAGGGUUUGCAAAGCAAGGAAUCUAUGGCAGGGGGACACACAUUGAUGAUGAUCAGUACAAUUAUUUCAUCAAUAUUUUGGAUGCCAUGAAAAAUGGCUUUGAGGAUAUCGAAGAAAAAGUUACCAUGGCCAACAAUGUUUUCGAACAGACCAAAGACAAAGAAGUGUACUUGGCCUCAAAUCAGAUUGUGUGUAAAGUUUUGGAAACUUUGGUGGGUUUUGUGGAUGCUACACAACUUGAAGCAUAUUUUCAAGCAUUUGCCGACAGUUUUCGACCAAUAUGCUCAGAUCGUUUUGCCUCACAUGUUCUGCAAAAAAUGGUAGAAAUAGCCUUCUUGAGAUCAGUGCAAAAGGAUCAACUUAAAAAAGCUAAAAGUGAGGAAAAUGAAGAAGAGGAAGAAAAAGAUGAUGAGCCACCGAGUAGUAAAAAACCGAAACUUAAUAAAGAUGUUUUAAGUGAAGAACGUUACAAUUUGGAUACAGAAUUCCUCGAGGAACACAAGCAAAACUGUGCCAAUUUUGUGCUGAGAGUGGGCAAGUUUAUGCUCAACAACUUGGAGGAUUUUGUAUGGGAUCAUUGUGCAAAUCACAUAAUGCGCACAUGUAUAUUGUGCCUCUCUGGCAUACAUGUGGUCAAAGUGGCAUUUGAAAAAGGCGGAGCUGAUAUGGCCAAGAAUCGCAAAGUCUAUGUGGUUUCGGAAGAGUUUAAAGAGAUAGCAAAGGAAUUUGCACAGCGUUUGGAAAUGUGGCCACAAUUUUGCGAUUUCCCCUAUCAAGAACAUUCAUCAGCUCUAAUGGGAGUAUUGUGUAUAGCUUUGAAAGUCAUUGACAAAAAUAUGUUGAAACAUUUUGGUAAAAAGAUAUUAAUGGAAGCCUUACUCAAAGCCGAGGAAACUGGUGAUGAGGAGAAAGAGAAGAAAAUUGAAAUUUCUGAUGAAGAAACUGAGGAGGAACCAAAAGAAGGCAUUAAAGGAAAUAAAGAAAGCCAAGAAUCAUCUGAAGUUGCUCAAACAAAGUUACCCAAAGUUUUUCAAUAUCAAUGCUCAGUGAUAUUACUGGAAACACUUUUAACUGUGGCAGGGCCAAAACUUCUUACACAAUUGUAUGCCAUGCUCUUUGCCAACAAAAUGGCAUUAUUGGCCAAAGAGCCUUCUAGUAAUUUUGCCGUUCAGAGAUUAUUGCAAAAUAUUAAGGAGAAAGAUGACUUUGAAAAUGUCUUUCAAGAAUUACACGAACACACCGAAGAACUGCUGAAGAUUGGCCAUACAGGCGUCAUAGCUGCCCUAUCGUCAGCAUGUCUGCGUUUGCAAACCAAACAAGGACAAUUUAUUUCGGCCCUACAAUCCGCCCUUCAUGUUAGUGGAGAUAAGGAAAAAAUGAAAUCAUUCCUCUUAUGCCUGAUCAAGCUGAAACCAUUCGAAAUUUUACAACAGGAUAAAACAGCUUUCGUUCAUUUGCAUGGCUCCUUGGUAAUACAAGAUAUCUUACGUUUUAAUAAGCCAAUUUUUAUGGUAAACUGUAUGCUGGAGACUUCAGCCGAUUAUGUAGUUUCGGUUUUUAAUACCCCCAAUGGUUCGCAUAUUUGUGAUGCUUUUCUGGAAAGUAAAUUUAUUGGAGAGAAAUCCAGGGAGAAGUUAAUCAAACACUUGGAGGGUUUCUAUGUAGACUUGGCCAUAACAAAAUUUGGCUCCAGAGUUAUAGAAUCAUGUUUUGCGGCCGCCUCUGAACCACAAAAAGCCAGAAUAGUCAAGGAAUUAGCGGAUAAAUCGAAUAUGUUGAAGGGAACGCCCUUUGGCAAAUUAAUCUAUCACAAAUUGCGGGUGGAAACAUAUCGUUUAUCAGCGGAUCAGUGGAAAGCUAGUUUGCAGCAGAAGGAAUCGAAGGUUACACAAUUGUUUAAGGAUAUAAUAAAUUGAUUGUUGGAAACCAGAAAAAUUUUUUUAGUUAACAACCAAGAAAUGUAAGUAGAAUGUAAUUUGUUGAAAUACUUAAAUCUAGAAUUUAUGAAUUGCUGCAUUGUUAAACAAAAACCAAAUUUCCCUAUGUUUCUUGUGGCCAAAUGCAGAGCU